AUGGUCGUUCAGCGGGACGCCAACACUCGCCAGUCAUCUUUAAAGAACAGCACAGACAACACCUACAUCAGCACUCAAAGAGAAAAACAUGUCAAUGCCUUUUCACGAGCACUGGAUAUUGAUACUGUCGCCUCUAUCAAUGAUUCCAAAUCUAAUAGCGUUGACCCCUUCACCCGCAAGGACUGGUAUGACAUCAAGGCUCCUUCGACCUUUGAGGUUCGCAACGUUGGCAAGACCCUUGUCAACCGCACCCAGGGUAUGAAGAACGCCAACGAUGCCUUGAAGGGCCGUGUUCUCGAGAUCUCCCUCGCUGACUUGAACAAGUCUGAGGAGCACUCCUUCCGCAAGAUCAAGCUGCGUGUUGAUGAGGUCCAGGGCAAGAACUGCCUCACCAACUUCCACGGUAUGGACAUGACCUCUGACAAGCUCCGUUCCAUGGUCCGCAAGUGGCAGUCUAUCAUCGAGGCCCACGUCGAUGUCAAGACCACCGACGGCUACUUGCUCCGCCUCUUCGCCGUUGCCUUCACCAAGAAGGGCGUCCACCAGGUCAAGAAGACCACCUACGCUCAGUCUGCUCAGAUCCGCCAGAUCCGCAAGAAGAUGUUCGAGAUCAUGAUCGCCCAGGCCUCGUCCUGCGACUUGAAGGAGCUCGUCCAGAAGUUCGUCCCCGAGGUCAUUGGAUCCGAGAUUGAGAAGUCGUGCAAGUCGAUCUACCCCCUCCGUGACGUCUUUGUCCGCAAGGUCAAGAUCCUCAAGGCCCCCAAGUUCGAUCUCGGCAAGCUCCUCGAGCUCCACUCUGGUGCUGAUGUCGAGAACACCACCGGUGCCAAGGUUGAGCGCAAGGACUUCAAGGAGCCCGCUGUCCUCGCUGAGGUUUAA